AUGCCUUUUCCUAAAGGAAAGUGCCAGCUUAACUAUGCAAGGGAACGCAUGUGGGAACCCGGCUACCUCAAAGCCAAAUGUGCAGAGUUGGGCUUGGAAAACGAGUUCCGAUUGUAUCGGAUACGCCUUUGGAAGAGUUACCUAUUCUCUUUUUGUCUGAUACAUAUUUUCGUGACCGCUUUGCACUGCAGCCUGCUGUUAACCACCAUUGAGCGCCCAUCAAUUAUCUAUUUUGAUGUGGGCCUUACCGUAGGAUGUGCCGUGGUCCUUUUGCUCGUACUGAGCAUAAAUUUCUGGGAUAGCUUUAUUGCCAAACACACGUGGUAUAUGUUUUGCAGUUCGAUGUUUGCCUCCCUGCUUUUGGUAUUUUCUGAUCUAACUCAUUCUAUUUACCACCACUACGCCCACAACUGGCAACUGGGGUCGUUCUACGACACCUACAUUGUGUACAUGGUUUACAUGUUCCUGCCGAUCCACUUCAUGAGCGGUGCAGUCCUCUUGGCUCUGCUAGUCUCGGCCGUGUACAUUAUAUACUUUGUGCAAUUCCUAGCCCAUGGAUUUACCGAAUUCAUAACCGAACUGUUUACCGAGGGCGGAAUGUCCGUGGACUUGGUCCACUAUCUGUGCCUCAAUCUAGUGGGCAUUUUCUACCGCGUGAUGAACGACACGGUGGUGCGCUCCUCCUUCCUGGACCGUCAUCAGUACAUCAAGGAGGAGCUCUGGCUGCGCAAUGCCCGGCUCGAGGAGAAGCAGUUGCUGGACUCCAUCCUGCCGCCGCAGAUCUCGGAACCUCUACAAAAGGAAAUUCAGAACCGCAUUAUCCUGUCCAAGCGCGGCUCCGGUAUUCGUUCCUUGAGUGCCUUGGAACGCGCCAUGGCCAUCCAGAUCCAUCCCGAUGUCUCCAUCCUGUACGCAGAUGUGGUGAACUACACCCACUUGACCACAACAUUGACGGUGGAGAAGUUGGUCAAGGUUCUGCACGACCUCUAUGGCAGAUUCGAUUUGGCUGCCUUGCGCUUUAAGGUGCAGCGCAUCAAGUUCCUGGGCGACUGUUACUACUGUGUGGCGGGCUUGACGGAUCCAGAUCCCGAUCAUGCAACCAAUUGUGUGGCCCUAGGACUUUCGAUGAUCAACGAAAUCAUGGAAGUACGUGACGUUCAGGGCUUGGACAUUAAUAUGCGAAUUGGAGUUCAUUCCGGAAAUAUAUUCGCUGGAGUCAUCGGUGAAGCGAAGCUGCAGUUUGAUAUUUGGGGAAAGGACGUGACAAUUGCCAAUGUCCUCGAGUCCACUGGAGUUGCGGGCUUCGUGCAUAUCAGUGCUUCAACCUUGAAUAAUCUGAACGAACAGCGCUAUGUUAUUGAAGAUGGUCCGGAAAAGGCAAGGGAUCAUCCCCUUCUGAGUAGGUACCGCAUACGUACCUACAUAAUUCGAGAAGACUUGCAGAAGGAUGAAGAAGAGAGUGACGAGAACCUCGCAGAACUUCAUGCCCUCUCCCUUUUUGACUUGGGAGCAAGGCAAAGACAAAGUGAUAAUACUAAUGAAAUCUUAAAAGAAGUCUUCUAUGCUGAGUUGCGAGAAGAGUUCCGAAAAAUGCCGGUCAGUCCAUUUAAUCCGAAAACCUUAUACGGGUUAUAUCGACAAAAGGAAGGCGUAAAAAUGCCACUGUAUCGCCAGUUAAACAUCUGCCUGAAAUACAAUGAUUCGGAUCUGGAGAGAGCAUACCUAAAGCAAACCGAUUACAUGUACAAAUACAGCAUGCUUCUGGCAUUGGUCGUUGGAUACGGCCUGGUGUACAUUCAAGUGCUAGACACAAAAUUGAUAUGCCCCUCAUGCAUGAUUUUGCCCUCCAUCGUGACUACAGUACAGACUAUUUUGACCUUCAUUGCGUGGUACAAGAAAAUGUGCUGGGCAAAGUUUGGCAAUACGCCCCACAACUACAGCUGGAUCAGCUGCAUUAUAUUUCGCGUCCACGAGAAAAUCAUAGGCAGUAGGAUCAUCCGCGUAUUUAUAUACCUAUUUCUAGUGAUAUCCGCUUUCUCCGUGAUGUGUCUUAUUGUGAUGACCUGCAACCGCGAAGAGUUCGAAAUGGCGUUUAUUGAGGAAAGGCUCUUUCACUACGAGCAGGAGACAAAGAUAUGCUUUCAACCCUGGGUUACAUCCAACAUGUUCUCCCUGAUGAUUUGCUUGACCUUCACUUUCACCCACAUUUCACUCGCGUUGAAGACUACAGUGGCCAUUUUAGAGACGAUCGGCUAUUUGGUGCUGAUUUUCUUCCAGUUUGAGUUCGUUUUCCACCACAGCGUGACGACGAAUCCCAGUUUUCCCGCUGAGUACGCACAUGCCCUGCUUAUAUGCAUUACCCUGCUAACUAUGACUGUGAAGGAGCGCCAACAAGAGUUCACCAACAAAGUAAACUACCACUGGCGUGUUGAGUUGAGAAAGAAGGAGGCUGACGCCAAUUUGACCAAUCACUCGAUCAUAAUUAUCCUCAACAACAUCCUUCCCUCUCAUAUCGUUGACGUCUACAUCAAGACCUUAGCCAAACACGAACUUUACUAUGAAAAUUAUCAAAUGGUUUCCGUCAUGUUUGCCAUGUUGAUGAAUUUCGAAAUGGAUCUAAGAACCUUGCGGAUACUCAAUGAAAUUAUUGCCGAAUUUGAUAUGUUGUUGCUGUUCUACAAGGAAUACUAUUCGGUUGAGAAAAUCAAAAUCGUCGGAUGCACAUAUAUGGCAGCGUGUGGACUGGAUCUAAACUUUGCGGGUUCCACCAGUGCGACCGUAAAAAACAAUGAAUUGAACCCAACUGAGAACCGCGGAAGGAUGAGGCAAGGACUGGUAUUCACGGAGGACGAGAGGGAAAGGGAAGAAGUGGUCUUUGUGAUGACCUCUUAUGCUCUGGACAUGAUGCGCACUCUGGCCAAAUGUAACAAGGCGUAUCAAAGUAUUCCGGCUGAUCGGAAUAUUACGGACGGAUCAAUAGCCAUCGGCAUUUCCAGUGGCGAGGUCAUGGCCGGCAUAGUGGGCGCAUCGCAGCCGCACUACGACAUCUGGGGCAAUCCGGUUAAUAUGGCCUCGAGGAUGGAGUCGACGGGAUUGCCGGGCAACAUCCAGGUGACGGAGGAAUCUGCCAAGAUCCUUGAGGAAUUCGGCAUUGUCUGCCAAUAUCGCGGUUUGACCUUUGUAAAGGGGCGUGGCGAAAUACCGACCUAUUUGGUGGGAAUCGAUGACAACCUCAACUUCAUCACUACGCAGCCGCGACGAGCCCCCAGUCAUGUGGAGCGCAGUACGGUUAUAUCGUUGCAAGGCACCUAUUCUCAUCUUAAUGUUGUGGAUGAUUUGAGUGAAAUUAAUAGCGAAUCGGCUUCAAGACACACUUUCCAAGACAUUUGA